GUGUUGGGGCUCGUGGCUCUGCCCAGCGUGCCCUCGGUGGCCACUGGCUGGCAACGGGUCCCACUGGCUUUGGGCAGCACCUCGGAGCUGCUGGCUCUUGGUGGCCAGCCCGUGGGGGCCCGUGAGGGUCCUGCAGGGCUCGUACCUGGCCUCGGGGGCGAGCUGGUGCUGGAAAAUUACUCGGAUGCUCCUAUGACCCCAAAACAGAUUCUGCAGGUCAUAGAGGCUGAAGGACUGAAGGAAAUGAGCGGCACGUCGCCCCUCGCCUGCCUCAACGCCAUGCUGCACUCCAACUCCCGGGGAGGCGACGGGCUCUUCUACAAGCUGCCUGGGCGCAUCAGCCUCUUCACGCUGAAGAAGGACGCCUUGCAGUGGUCUCGGAAUCUGUCAGUGCCAGAAGGGGAGGAGCUGGAGGACACAGCAGACGCAGAGAGCUGCGAGUCCAACGAGGCGAGCACUGUGAGUGGGGAUAACGAUGUGUCUCUUGAUGAAACCUCCUCUAACGCCUCGUGUUCCACUGAACCGCAGAGCAAGGGACCCGCUGCUACCAGGGAGAGCUACAGAACCGCCUCCCAGACAACCAAACAGAAGAAGAAGACGGGUGUGAUGCUGCCACGUGUCGUCCUGACGCCGCUGAAGGUCAACGGGGCACACAUGGAGUCUGCCUCUGGCUUUGCAGGAAGACACGCCGAUGGGGAGAGCAGUAGCACGUCCAGCAGCAGCAGCAGCUCUCUGGCCCUGUGCAAAGCCACCUUGCGUAGCAGAACAGAGAUAAACAGGGACCCUCCACAGCUUCUGAGAGGUAUCCGAAAGCCCGCUGCUGGGCAAAUGAAACGAAACCGGGGUGAGGAUAUUGACUUUGAAACACCUGGUUCCAUUCUGGUCAACACCAACCUGCGAGCUCUGAUUAACUCCAGAACCUUCAACGCGCUCCCGUCGCACUUCCAGCAGCAGCUGCUUUACCUCCUUCCUGAAGUUGACAGACAGGUGGGGGCAGAUGGGCUGAUGCGUCUCAGUGGCAGUGCUCUGAACAACGAGUUCUUCACCCACGCCGCGCAGAGCUGGAGGGAGCGACUGGCUGAUGGUGAAUUCACCCACGAGAUGCAAGUUCGAAUUCGGCAGGAGAUGGAAAAGGAAAAGAGAGUGGAGCAGUGGAAGGAGAAGUUCUUUGAGGACUACUAUGGACAAAAGUUGGGCCUGACCCAAGAGGAAUCCCAGGAGCAGAACUCGGCGCAGGAGGACGCGGAGAACAGGACAGGGCUGGCUGGGAAGGGGGAGGCGAGGCUGCCCCGCGGGCCGGCCACGCGCCAGAGGGACGGGCGCCUGAAGAAGCGCUCCC